AUGCCCUUAGAAGACCGACACUACAAGACAACAGGAGAUUGUUCUGGCUUUGAACCCACGAGUGUCACAGUUUGGGAUGUAGAUGUCACGAUCGGACUGGAAAAUGGUGAGUUCGAGACCUCGCAGGACAGUGUUGAGCAGCUUGCGACAUGGAGCCUGUCCUAUGAGAUGGAUGAUAUCAAUUUACACUACAGAUUCUUGAACUGGCGGCGCAGGAUCAGAGAAAUCAGGGAAGUCCGUGCUGUUCGUUAUCAAGAGCGAUACAAACGAAUGUUGAAGAAUGGAGACACGCUAAGUUACCAAGGGAACUCUGAUGAAGUUGGCUGCUACGUGGCUCCACGCCCCUUAUCAAAGGGAAACUGUUACUUCGAGGUGACCAUUAUAGAUACUGGGGUGAGAGGGACGAUUGCUGUUGGGCUGGUUCCCCAGUAUUACAAACUUGACCAUCAGCCUGGCUGGCUUCCACAUUCAAUAGCUUACCAUGCCGAUGAUGGAAAGCUUUACAAUGGUAACCCCGUCGGCCAGCAGUUUGGUCCUAAAUGUAACCGUGGUGACCGAAUCGGUUGCGGUAUCUAUGCAGACACUUUCGAUGCCGGACUCCUCACUGUGUUUUUUACAAAGAAUGGCAAGGAAGUGGGGUCAGUGGUGGUGCCGGUGGCUCCAGAUGGGCUUUUCCCUGCCAUUGGCAUGCACUCCCUCGGCGAGGAGGUACGGUUGGACCUGCAGGCAGAAUGGGGUUCGGAGGAGGAGGACAGCGUCAUGAUGGUGGACAGCCAUGAGGAUGAAUGGGCACGCCUGUAUGAUGUCAGAGUCAGCGGCACGGUGAGUGGGGGAUGGCCAUCGAAAACCAAACCAAAUCUUCUGGAAUAUGUCGGGAAAGGGAAGAGCAUCAUGGACGUUGGUCUGGCUCAGGCCCGACAACCCCUCACGACACGAAGUCACUACUUUGAAGUGGAAAUUGUGGAUCCCGGAGAGAAGUGCUACAUCGCCCUGGGUCUAGCAAGAAGAGAUUACCCAAAGAACAGGCAUCCAGGAUGGAGUCGAGGUUCUGUUGCAUAUCACGCAGAUGAUGGGAAGAUCUUCCAUGGAAGUGGAGUAGGAGACCAGUUUGGCCCUCGCUGUUUUGAAGGGGACAUCAUGGGCUGUGGAAUAAUGUUUCCUCGGGACUAUGUGCUGGACUAUGAAGAUGAAAUGGACGACUGGGAUGCUGCUGAUGUACAACCAAAGCAGGGGCGUGUCGAAAAUUUACUGUAUUUGAACGAUGAAGACGAGGAAGAGGGAGAUGAUCCAGAACAAGAACAUGAGGGCCGAAAGGUUAUGGUGUUCUUCACCCGGAACGGCAAGAUUAUCGGCAGGAGGGAAGUGGUUGUCCCGGCCGGAGGGUUUUACCCCACUAUCGGGAUGCUCAGCAGCGGAGAAAAGGUGAAGGUGGACCUCCAUCCUCUCAGCGGAUAAUAAACGAGGAACUCCACAUCUCCAAGCCACAAGCGGAUGGAAAAGCCCCAAAAAUUUAUGCUGAGAUUUCUCUCAUCUUUUUGAUAUUUCAAGGCACUUCAAAAUGCAAGUUUAACACGUCUAACACUCCAGUGCAUGUUUCUUCUACAGCGAUCACCUCAGCUUCAAACCACAUAUAGAGGGGUUUGUGGCAUCAAAUGGUUAAUAUUGGGCCUCAAAAGACCGGUUGACCGAAAAAAAGAUACGUUUUGUUUAUUGAAAAUGCGUAGAAAAUAUUAAAUUAUAUAUUUUUUAUGUACAUGUACAUAUGUAAAUUUACGUAUUGGCUGCUACACAAACAUUUAUUUAGCAAAAUCAAUCAUGAUAUUAAUAAACAACUAGACACCCUAGAGACAAAGAUAUGGCAUGUGGGUGUUAAUAAUUAUUAAUAAAUGAUAAAUACAUAUAAUAAUGUUAAAAAUAACUUCAGCGUUUUCCACAAGCACUCCCUCUCACAAAUGACUUGUGAAGGUGAUGAAAGCAUAUUACGGUUAUUUUUCUUAUUGUGAUUCGUGCCAUUUUUCGCUAUUAUUUCUAUCUGAAAAUGAGCGGUUGAGGGGAAGGUGUUUGCCAGUGGAUAGCAUGGAGUAACUGCUAAUUGUGACGUCAGCGGAGGCGAGUUGUAUUGUCUCCUGUUGUGUAUCGUACACUCUCAUCCGUCAUCAGGAAACGCAUGAUGAGAGAGCAACACACCGAAUCGGCUACUUCAUGUUUAUUUGUUCAUGAAUGCGUCUUAAACCAGUUAUGCUUAUUUAGUUCAGGCUUUUCUGUGAAUGUAGAUUUUUUUACAUCAGCUUGUGGACAUUUUAUCAGAUAUUUCAGGGCAGACGCCACAUUGGAGUCGGAAAACAUGGAGCUGUUUAUUCAGGAAUUGUCCACUGUAAUGUGAGCUAGUCUGGUUCACAAAUGCUACAAGCACUUUAGAGACGCCUCAACUUAAGCUGAUAGUCCGAUGGGCAAGCGGCUGUGAUGCUGCGCUCUAGACUUCUCAACAGAUGCCAUUUUGCACACCUCGCUGUUGCAAUAAUGCCCUUCCUCUUCUGUCCUGUUACAUAUCACAUAUUACAUUCUUUGCCAAAUUUAAUGUCGAAUUUUGUCCCUUUCAACAAAGUUUGAAUGAUAUAAAAUUUUUCUCUAUAUUGCCAUAAUUUAGUUUCUUAAGUUAAAUCCUAGUUGAAUCUCAGGAUGUUGGUUAUGUUCAGAAUGAGAUACUAGCUUACUGCAUACUGCACAGCGUAUACUGUAUGUCUAAAUUUUUUUAAGAAUUUGAGAAAGUGCAAAAUAUUGGAAGCUUGUUUUGGCCAUGGGAUUAAAUAAAAAGGGUCAUUGACUUUUUAUCUAACAAUUCAGACUUUUUUCUCACAAAAAGUUUGUAUCUUACAAUUCUUUUUUUUUUUUUUUCUAUUGCGGAAUAGAAACUCACAAUUCGAUAAAGUCCAAAUUGGGAGAUAAAAAAGUUGGAAUUACCUCAUUCAUUUUUAAUUCUGUGGCAGGAGCAAAAAAAUCAAACUUUGUGAGAUGUAAUUGCAAACUUAAAAUUGUGAGGAAAAAAGUCUGUAUUGUGAGAUAAAAAAAAAAUGUAAUUCCAUGGCGAAAAACAGAAUUGCGAGAAGUUAGAAUUCUGUGGGAGAAAGUCAGCGUUCAAAAGUUUUUUUUCCCUAAUAGUGAGAAAAAGUUAAAAAAAAAAAAAAAUCUUCCCCUUGGCGGAAUCGGGCUUCCGUACAAAAUUCAAAGAUAACUUAUAUUGUUGUCACAUAACCUCACCGCAUCAUCAAAAUUGGAUCAAAAUAUAACUUGUUUUAAAAUAGCAGUACGAUCGUAUAAAGUAAGUUAGUGUUCAAUGACCAUUCUGGAAUUGGAAGAUCAUGCUAAGUGCAAUGCAUUGUGGGAAAUGCUACUGCACUAUGCACAUUUUGGCAUUUCUAUGCGUAAAUGUUAAUGCUAUGCACGGUAUACUGCAGAAAUAAUAAGUAUGGUAUGCUGUUCUGAAUAUAGCCAUAGUCGUAUUUGACGGGAUGCAUGGGGUUUCGAAGCACCUGCAUCAUUGAAUAAGGAGCUUUGAUUUAUUCAUCUGAAAGUUCCGCAGUGAUUUAUAACACCCUGCGUGUUUAUCAUAGACUAUUUUCUGCUACCUAAAAUACAUUAAAUGAGAACUGAUGAGAAAAAUGGUCAUUCUAAAGAGAAGAAUGGGUGUCACCGUGUACUAAAGACUUUCCAUUUAGUGGUGAAAUGAAUAUUCCAGAUCAGAUCAUUGAACAUAAAGAAUUGCUUGUGUUCCAGACAUAAAUUGACAGCACAGGGAAGCCAAAACCAAAUACCUCUAUCAGUUAAGCUUAUGCAAAAAGCCAAGCGGUUGUCCUCUCCAAGAUCAUCUGAAUUCCUCCACUGGAAUGUGGUUGCUUGGCGCAUAAAUGGGCGAUGAUCGUUUUGCUUUCACACAGUCUUCUUACUAAAUGGAGACUUGUGUUGAAGAUGUUGACGUGUUGCUCUAAUUGUAGCAUGCACUCUUUUGCUAAUGUGUACAUAAUAAAGAAAUGGUUAUUUCCACACAAACUGUACUUGGGAUUGCAGUCAAAUUCCUUUUAUACCUCCAGGGAUGCUAUUUUUAAAA